CUCGGACUUAGAGAAGGGCGGUGAAUGGGUGUGGGACCCGCGCAGCUAAGUCCUACUGCAACAGCUAAGUCCCCGUCUCCUCGCCAGUUCUGUUCAGCCGCAGAUCUCCAUCCCGCCAGCAGCGGCGCCGGCAUCCUGCUUCCACCGCGUCCUCGCAGUAGUAGAUAGAUCUAUUUGCCUGGCUCUCAGGGAAGAGGGUAGGAGUGUGGCAUGUCAGGGAUCCUCGCGUGGGCGGCCGACGUGGUCGGCGGGGCCGGCGCCGCCAACGACGACGAAGCUGAUGACGCUCGGGCGGUGGCGUCCGCGGCCAUGACCCCGGAGCAGCGCCUCCGUGCCGCUGACCUGGAUGCCAAGGCAGCAUCGCUGCGGCGCUCGAUCCACGACCUCCGCCUCCGGGUGCCCCCGCCUCAUGUGGCGCAGCGCCUGCCGCACCUCCAUGCUCAUUCCCUCGCGUCCUCAGCCGCCCUCGCGCUCCAGCUCAAUGCCCACUCCUCCACCAAGGAACAGGCACUGCAGAGAGAGAUAACACUUCAAGAAGAAAAUGCAGCUUAUGAGAAAGCUAUAUCAAAUUGUCGGCAGAAAAUUCAGGAAAAGCAGAUGGAGGUUACUCUGCUUCGGAGUAAUUUGAAGGAAAUGGAAAUUUCAGAGCAGGAUUUGAAGGCACAGCUGGACAAUGCUCAGAAUGAGCAAUAUGCUUCUCAAAAUAAAGCAUCAGCUGCUGCUUCUGACAAUACUGGAAAUGCUUUGAUGGAAGCUGAAUCAUUGAUUAAUCUCAAGUCUAAUGACUUGAAAGAGAAGAAUGAAGAGCUGAAAUUGUUGGAAAGUAGUGUGCGAGUGCUGGAGAUGGAGUGGUCCGUAGUUGAAGGGGAAUCCUUGAAGAAUCCGACUCCUGCCCAGAGGGAAAAGGUCCUGGAGAAACAAUUACAUAGCCUCAUUGAGCAGCUGACAGCUAAGCAAGCUCAAGCUGAAGGCCUAAUCGUGGAUGUUCAUGCCAAAGAAAAGGAAUUGGAAAGGUUGAAUAAUUUACAUAAAAAUCUUCAAAGUCGUAACAAUGAUGGUAGUGUAGCACGAAAUCCAUUCAGGGCUGUGCAUGAAGAUUCUGAUGCCAAAGCUGUUCGGCGACCCUAUCAAUUUGGUCUUAGAACCGAAGGGCUGAAAAGGUUGAUGAUUCUUAGGUCUGCUUUUGUUCUCUAUAUUUUGGUACUUCAUAUUGUUGUUUUCAUAAAGCUCUCGGUUUCAAAGCAGUAAGAAACUUUUGUUCCCAUAUAAAGAGGAACUAUGUUUCUGAUAUUAACGUGUGACUAUUUUCCUAUGUAUUUAGUUCUAAAAAUGUUUAUCCCCAUACAAAGGAUCUUUGUUUCUACUAUCAAACAUGCAAGUACUUGCAGGAUGUAUAAAUCAAGAAGCGUCGUAGCCUCUUCCAGCUUC